CGUACCUUCACAAAAUGCCAAGGGUUUCAAUUGAUAACCAAUAGCAUUAAUUGAGACGAUGGUUUAAUCACAACAUAUAAUAGGGCUAGAUACAUUAACAGGAACUUCACUAGGCAGUCCUUUGACAUUACUAUAAUGAUCAACUAAAAAGGUUUAACCUUGCAUGAAUCACUUCAACUUCCAUCCAUUCAGUUUCACUGCUUUUAAGUCAAAUUUAUUCCCUUUUAUAAGUAUCCAAGUAAUACUUCUAAUUUUUUGCUGGCUAUAAUCCUCAUCAUCUCCUCCACAACACUUCCUAGAAACAUAUUAUCCUUGAGACAUUUUUCCAAAAAAUGGUACAACAAAAUAAGCCGAAAUCAGCUAGAAAGCCCACCAAAACAAACCUCAAUGAUAAAGACAUGAACAAAUCCCUUGUACCUACUGAUACUACUCAUGCUGAUGAGCAUGAUAUCCCAGUCCCACCACCACUCAUCUCCUCAUACAAUGAUCAAAUACGCCCUCUCCUCGAUGCAGUCGACAAGCUGCGAACACUCAAAGUCAUGAAGGAAGGCAUCCAACUACCUACAAUCGUCGUUGUAGGUGACCAAUCAUCAGGAAAAUCUAGUGUCUUAGAGUCCUUAGCAGGUAUUAGCCUACCUAGAGGUCAAGGUAUCUGCACUCGAGUCCCACUCAUCAUGCGCCUUCAGCACCAGUCUGACCUGACCCCACAACUCUCCCUUGAGUACAUGGGUAAAGUCUUGCAAACAGAUGAAGCUCAUGUCACUGAAGCAAUAAACUCGGCUACUCAAGAAAUUGCAGGAAAAGCCAAAGGAAUAUGUAGUACUCCAAUAACACUUAUAGUCAGGAAAAAAGGAGUUCCUGACUUGACCAUGGUUGAUCUCCCUGGGAUCACCCGAGUGCCAGUCCGAGGCCAACCAGCAAACAUAUAUGAAAAAAUCAGGGAUAUUAUAAUGGAGUAUAUUACCCCUGAAGAGAGUAUCAUUUUGAAUGUUCUGUCUGCAACAGUGGAUUUUUCGACUUGUGAGUCAAUUAUGAUGUCACAGAAUGUUGAUAAAAUGGGCAGAGGACUCUAGGCUAUGUGUGUGUUAGAGAAGGUAACCAAUGUUGAUAAAGCUCCAGAAGGUUUGUUAGAGAAGGUAACCAAUGAUGAUGUCAUAAUUGGGCUAGGCUAUGUGUGUGUUAGGAACAGGAUUGGGCAAGAAACAUAUGAAGAAGCACGAUUGGAAGAGGCAAGACUGUUUGAGUCCCACCCUUUGCUGUCAAGGAUUGAUAAAUCGAUAGUAGGCAUCCCGGAGCUUGCUCAGAGGUUGGUUCACAUUCAGGCUAGCAUUAUUUCAAAAUGCUUGCCCAAUAUUGUGCAUCAGAUUAAUACUAAGUUGAAUGCUUAUGUUGAUGAACUGAACAACUUGCCUCAGAACCUAUCGUCUGUGGCUGAGGCUAUGACAGGAUUCAUGCAGAUUAUGGGAUCAGUGAAAGAAUCCCUAAGGAAGAUCCUUAUUAGAGGAGAGUACGAUGAGUACCCUGAUGAUAUGAAUAUGCAUUGCAAAGCUCGUUUAGCUGAGAUGCUACGCGGGUUUUCAGAGCUUAUGCAUUCAAAAAAGAAAGAUGAAACUAAAUUAGGUAAUUUCCUAAAGGUUGAAAUUCAAGUUCUUGAGGAAGCUAAGGGAAUUGGACUACCCAAUUUCCUUCCUCACUCAGCUUUUAUCACUUUAUUGCAGAGGGAAGUGAAGGAAAUAUCACAAACUCCGGCUGAAUUCAUGACUAAAUUUUGGGGAUAUGUAGAAAGUGCAGCGCUCUCCAUUAUAAUGCAGCAUUCUGACAAUUACCCAUCUCUUCAGAGCUCCUGCAGAAGAGCUGCAGUUAAUCUGAUUUCUAGGAAGAAAGAUCAGUCAAUUAUUCGUGUCAAGGAGAUUGUGCAGAUGGAGACAUAUGCUGACUAUACUUGUGAUUCACAAUACCUAUCUGUCUGGAAUCGGCUUAUGUCGCAUCAGGAUAAGUUUAUGAAUAUUGUGGAAGGCAAAUCUGUACAGGUGAAUACAGGUAAAAAGGUAACCAGCAUGGAAUUCGAAGGACUUGGUAAGGUUGAUUUGGCACAUUUACAAAAGUAUAAGCACCUAGCUGAGCAAGCUUUUGACAUGAAGAUGCGAAUGAUGUCAUACUGGAAGAUUGUUUUGAAGAGGUUGGUGGAUUCCAUAGCUCUCCAUUUGCUGUUUAGUAUUCAGAAUUUAGUGAACAAUGAAUUGGAGGGUGAGGUUGUGAAUGAAGUGAUGGGACCUUACGGAGGAGGCGUUGAGAGGAUGCUAGAAGAGUCUCCAGCUGUGGCGGGAAAGAGAGAAAGGCUCAAUAAGAGCAUUAAACUUCUGGAGGAGUCCAAAGAUGUAGUUUCGAAGAUCAUGGACAGAAUUGCUGUGACAGAAUGAAUUUAGGUUGUAUUUUAUGAAGAUUUGAUCAAGAUUGCUCCUGCCAUAGGCUUAUUGAUCAGCAACUUAGCAGAACAUUUGGGCAUCAGUAGCUUAUGUUAGUUUCAGAUUAUCAUGUUGCAAAUGGUCUAUGAUCAAUUUUUCUAUUUAGUUUCAGAAUCAGCAGGUUACUUUUUAAAUAUUACUUCGUAUGAUGCAUCCAUGAAUAAAAAGUAGUAUGAUUGUUAGU